UCUAGUUUAAUAAAUAAAAAAUUAUGUAGCAAAGUAAACAAUAUAAUAUUUCAUUGUUUGUCUAUUGAUUUAUCAAUAGACUGAAUGUCACUAUAAUAUAAAAUUGUCAUUUAUCUUUUAAGACAAAAAAGAGAAAGAAAUUCAACUCAAAUUCAAAAUAAAUAAUAUCGAGGAUAAAUAAUGUGAUAAUGUGAUCUCUCGAAUAUUCUAUAGCUUGGCAGCUAGCAAUUGUACGAACAAGAUAUGCGAUUUCUCUUUCGACCUUGUUUUGAAUAUUGUAUACAAAUGUCUAACGCCAGCAAUAGCAAAAAUAUGUAUAUAUACGUGUGCCGUGUAAGGUGUAUAUGAAGCAAGCGACGAGACGAAUAAAGUUGAAUCGUUGCCGAUCGGUCGAUUUGGAAUAAAAUAAGACUACGCAGAAGCACAGAAACCGAUCUUUGAGAGUUGUUUCUAAUUUCUAAUUGUAAUAUCCAGACAAUAGUUACAAGGAUUUGUAAUAACUUAGAAUUCAGAUUCUAAUAAAAUGUCACUACUGAAAAACGAAAAAAUACAGGAUGAACUUAAAAAAACUGAUUUAAAUGAUUUAAUAACUCCAAAUGAAGUCUUUGACAACAUCCAACCAUACGAUUUAACCGCCGAAGUAAUUGGCUAUGUGGUAAACAUAGAACAGCCUUCUAAAGGAUCCGAUCAACAAAUUUUUAAAUUUUACUUAUUAAAUAACGGAAAAGAAAAAAAACGUGUCCAAGUCAUAGCACAGGGCAACAAUAUUACAGAUAACUUACGUAAUAUAAAAAAAUAUUCGAUUGUUCAUUUAGAUGGUGUUGAAGUUACAACAGGGUGGUAUAAUAAUGGAAAUGUUCGAUACCAAUUAAUGAUUAAUGAAAAUACUGUAGUAACAAUUUUGGGAGAAUAUGAAUAUAUUCUAGAUAAACUGAGUGAAAUACGAAAUGCUCCUGUCGCAGGACGCAUUAUGUUGGAAGCUUAUGUAAAAUCUAAUUUUAUGGAAAGAAAAAAUCCCAACGACAACUCAAAUAAAUUCGGUUGUGGAUCAGUUACAGACGGUACAUAUAAAUUAGAAAUUCAUAUAAAAGAUUUUUCUCUCACUGAUUAUCUUGCACUUGGUAUAAACAAAGGAGACAAAAUACGUGUAACAGGCACCAAACAAGAAGACAAGAAGUUAAUACAUCUCCAAGUAGAAAACAUAACAUGUAUUCAAAAAUUAGAAGGAUAUAUGUCAUUCAGUGCAAUAUUAAAAGGUCAUUUAUGUAUCAAAUAAGAAAAAAACGUAAGAAGAGACAUAACAAAAAAUAAAUGAGACAAUUUAAAUACUAAUAUUUUUUCAGUACAGUCUUUAAAAGAUGUGAAAAGUCAUUAAAUUAAGUCUAGAAUUAAUAGUGUAUCAAUAUAAUAUAAUAUAAUAUUUAUC